AUGGUUGUUCCUUCGAGAGUCAAUAAAGUGGAUACAAUCAAGCGAUGUUUACCAAAUCUUCAUUCACUUGGAGAGCUCUUAUUACCAUGUUUUCUUCGACAAUUAUUUACAUUGACGGUACUUUUGAGCUUAUUAUGCUUAUUGGUGAGCUAUGCACUAGCUGGUAGUCAAGCAUUUACAACUUUAUUUCAUGUCAAUUAUAUUAAAAUGAUUCCGGUUUUUUGUUGGACAUGGACAUUUGUCAUUAUUUUUCUUCAUUCAUUUAUUCAACCGAUUAUAUCGGUAUUAACUUUUCUUAAAGGCACACUUUUUACUGGAACGGUCGUUGUAACAUUAUUAGUUGGAUUGAAGGUACAAACUCCAGUAACAAAUGAUUAUAAAGCUAUUGGAGAUUCAUUUCUAAUGAGCACAAUUGCAUUAGGUGGUUUGAUGAAUGUGAUGCCAUUAAUGUUUUCGAAAUUGAAGCAGACAAGAGAUGAGAUUAUUGGCUUCAAUGUAGCUUUAUUUCUUGGCUUGACAACAUGUGUUAUUUUAAAUAUUCUUUGGUGUUGGUCAAUAUUAGCCAUUGUUCCGCAACAUAGUACAUGUUUAUCAAGUGAUCUGAAUGAGUCAAUUAAAAUGGCGUUUAAUCUUUUAAAUGAAUCACAAAUUCGAGGUCAUUGUAUUUAUUCGCCAUCUUUAAAAGCAGCGGAAUUAAAUGGAGAAAUUUCAACAGUACCCUUAAGCAAAAUUCUUGAAACUGAAAAUUAUAAAUUUUUUCAAUAUGUUUCAUUUAUUGUUCAAGUAUUUAUUGUAAUAAGUAUUUCGGUUUCAUUUAUGACGAUGGGUUCAGCGUUACAUCAUACAAUCAAAGGUGUUGUGGAUUCAUUUUGGAAUCCAACUUUAGAAGUAGAAACAAGUUUAACAAAAUAUGGAACUGUUUUUCAAUAUAUUACUGUUCGACGAAUUAUACAAUGGAUUUUUUCUUUAAUUAUUUUCUCAAUUGUAUUUGGUAUUGCAAUGAGUAAUCCGAAGGGUUUUAAAAGUAUUCUUGAACAAGCUGGAAGUCUUUUUCAAAAUAUUGAAAUGGGUAUAUUUCUUGCAAUAAUGAUUUAUAAAGUUUCGGCGGCAGAUUAUCGGCGUUAUAUAUUACCUUUUCAAUUACCACGAUGGUUUAUUCCUUUUCAAUGGAUCAUUCCAAUUUAUUUUGUCUCUGCUAUUAUUUAUGAUAUAUAUCAUAUAGUUCAACAUUAUUUAAAUUAA